GUGUAGAACUGAUUUAUUAGCUCCUCCAAAGACAAAAAAUAAUCUGGCAACGCCCGACCGUAUGCACAGUGGGCGUGCCAGAUCCCCCACAUCCUCAGAACCUUUUCAGCUCCGUCCAAACUUAGUCAUGGGUGAUAUUCCGUCCUCGACUUCGUCAAGUGAAUCUACUAAACGUCGUCGUGCCUUACGUAGCAUGUCUGGUGACACGCUUACUGUAGAUUUAGGUGAAAAUAGUGUUAAUACGCCUGAGUUACCACCUGGUAUUCCGAACUCCACAGAUUCGCAUGGUGCGAAGAAAAACAAGAAGAAGCGUCGUCGUUCUCGCGAUAGCUCCCCUUCUGAUUCAGGCUCAGGAUCAUCGUCUUCUUCUAGAUCUCCCGAUCGUAAAAAAUCCCGCAAGGAUGGCACGGAUUCAGGCGGAUUCGACGAGCCAUCCAACGUCGCCAUGCUGCCUCGAUCACGUGUUCGUGACCUACGUCGAUGGAUGAAAGAAGCUCUUAUUAUUGCAGAGAGAAGUGAAAGAUGCCUUUCAGCCUCUUGCCUACAUGUUGGGCGUCAUGCCCGAAAAUUCCGAUGCUGAGAUGCCCGUUCAAACUGCUAUACGCCUGCUGGGCCACCUGUUUUCUCGCAUCACCAAGAUGAGACGUCCCAACGCCAUGCGUCACUGUGCGCCCAAAUUCUCUACGAUGUUGAUCGAUAAUCGUCUGUUCUCAUCUCGUGAUUACCGUAAUUUGUUUGGCAACAAAUUUAUUGACGCUUUGGAGAAAGAAGCGAUUGCUGAUGCCAAAAUGGAUCAGAUCGGACGCUA